AUGCAGAUAUUAUUACUCAAUACUUUAGAAAAUUUGGAGUUGAACAAAUAAACUUCCAACCAUUUCUAAAUGUCCUCAAGAAAUAGUAAGUAUUUAAAAUAGCCAAACUGGCUAAUUUUAGAUACUUACUAUUUCUUGAGGACUAUGAUAACUGCCUUUCGUUCACUUCUUGAAGCAGGAUACUAAAGAGGAACUUUUCCAUAAAAACUAGAUUAUAAUUUUGAACAUCCUAAGUAAUCCCUCAUCGACUAAUAUCUCUGCCUGAGAUUAAGAAAGACCUGAAUUUUAUGAUUCUUAUUUAGAUGUUCACGAGUUCUCUUGAAAUUAAG